AUGAGUUUCGGCAAAACGUCCAUCAAGCUGCGAGGUGCAGAGGUCGGUAUUGAGGCCGUCAUGUUGGGAAUUGUCACAUCGAUAGGUGGCUUCUUGUUCGGAUACGACACUGGUCAGAUUUCCAGUAUGCUCUUGUUCAAGGACUUCAUCCGCCGUUUUGGUCAGCAGCAGCCCGAUGGCUCAGUUGCUUUCGACACCACUAUUCAAUCUCUGAUCGUCUCCACGAUGUCCCUUGGGACGCUUGUCGGUGCACUUGCUGGCGCCUACACUGCCGAUUGGUUCGGACGUCGACGCAGCUUGUCCAUCGGUGUAGCCAUUUUCGUGAUUGGCAACAUCGUCCAGAUCACUUCCAUGUACUCCUGGGUCCACUUGAUGGUCGGCCGUAUUGUUGCCGGUCUGGGCGUUGGUAUCCUGUCCAUUGGUGUCCCCAUGUUCCAGUCCGAGUGCUGCCCGCGUGAAAUUCGCGGUGCAGUCGUCGCCUCAUACCAGCUCAUGAUCACCAUCGGUAUCCUCAUCUCCAACAUUAUCAAUUUUGGUGUCCGUGAUAACCCCGGACAGGAUACCGACGCUUCCUGGAGAAUCGUUAUUGGUCUUGGAAUCGGCUUCUCUCUCCCUCUUGGUAUUGGUAUCCUGUUCUCACCCGAAUCUCCUCGCUGGCUUGCUGGGCGCGGUCGCUGGGAGGAAGCACGCAUGUCGCUUGCUCGCCUGCGCGGAAAGAAAGAAGAUCCCAAUGACGAGCUCGUUAACGAUGACUUCAAGGAAAUGCAGGAGUCAAUCGCUGAGCAGAGCAAGGCUGGCCAAGGUACCUGGGUAGAAUGCUUUACUGGACAGCCUUCCGGUAUUCCCCGUAUUGUUUACCGUACUCUGUUGGGUUGCGCGCUUCAAUUCUUUCAGCAGUGGACUGGUGUAAACUACUUCUUCUACGUAAGUCUUUCCAACGCAAAAGACACAUUAUAUACUAACGGCUGCUUCAGUACGGUGCGACGAUCUUCGAAGCCGCUGGAAUUGAUGAUCCUAUCCAGACGCAACUGAUUCUUGGUGCUGUCAACGUUGCCAUGACCAUCCCCGGUCUGUGGAUGAUUGAGCGUUUUGGUCGCCGUAUGCCGCUUGUCUUUGGUGGUCUCUGGCAGGCAACCUGGCUGCUCAUCUUCGCCAUCAUCGGUAUCGUCCGCCCACCGACUGAGUACGCAGACUCCGGUAUCGUCAUGAUCGUGUGCGCUUGCAUGUUCAUUGCAUCUUUCGCUUCGACCUGGGGACCCUUCAUCUGGGUCGUCAUCGGCGAGACCUUCCCCCUACGCACUCGUGCCAAACAGGCCUCGCUGGCAACUGCUUUCAACUGGCUCGGCAACUUCCUGAUCGGUUUUCUAACGCCAUACGCAAACGAUGGUAUCGGCUACGCCUUUGGAUUCGUCUUCUUUGGGUGCAACUUCUUUGCUGCGGCUCUUGUGUACUUCUUCGUGUUCGAGACCAAGUCCUUGUCGCUCGAAAGCGUCAACGACAUGUACAUGGACCAGUCUAUCAAGGCGACAAAUAGCAAGAGCUGGGUACCUGUUGGCUACCUCAGCCGCAACGAGCGCGACAUGGCUUACUGGCAGCGACGCCCGUCGAUCCUCGAGGAGCGCGCAGGCGCUGCGCACGUCCCGAGGUCGGUCGAUGAGAAGCUUGACGACAAAGACGCUGACAGCACUCCUCGUAACAGGUCGAUGCAUCGCGAGACCGUCGGCGAUGACCGCCAGGUUUAG